CAGGCAUGUCCACCCAGCUUGAUUGCAGCUGUCAACUAUCACAAAGUUUAAAGUUAUCUCCCCAAUCGUAGUAGGAAGUGUUAGCAAGCUGUAUGCUGUCUUAAAUUUAAAGAAAUUAUAGUGUGUGUGAUUCUUAUCAGAACGUUCAAACAUGUAAUGUAUUUCGGCCUUAUCUACCCUGAAUUAUGUAUAUUUUCAAGACUGAAAACUGAAACUUGGUCUUUUUAUUACUGCUUUCUACUUGUUGUGGAUAUCAUGAAGAUUAGGUCUACCUGCCCGCUUCAAUUUGAUGUUUUCUUAACUUAUAUUUAUCUACCACCUAAGUCCCUUAUUUAUGUUAUUUCCUGUACUGUACAACAUGGUAUUGCCUCUUCUUUUAUUUAAGGAAUAUCAUUGUUCGUGAAUAAAUAAAUAUAUAAAUGCAUAAGCAGACAAUCAUGUAUAUUUAUGCAAUGGCUGCUAAGAAUAAAAAUGUAUAUGUCUUAUGACAGGAGUCUACGCUAAGGACAAGCUCGCUCUCUAAACAACACGUUUUCUAUGAUGACCUUAAAUAUUUAUGGUAAAAUUAAAUCGAGAGAUGGCGCAGCAGUCAGGGAUGAACGUUAAUUGUAUAUAGUACAAGUUUCUCUAUAUAUUCCUUCCUUGGUAUAACACACAGUUGUGACGUCACUAACAAGCCACUUGCCUGAGUGAGCCGUGAGGGAAGGACGUGUCGCGCCUGGCUGUUAUGAGGCGAUUAAACUUUAAGUAUUUUUAUGCCAAGUUAUUUAAACACAAGCAUAUGUCGCUACUAUCCACUGUGGUAUUCCAGAUUUGGGUUAGUAUAUUGGACUAACCCGCCAGGGCUGCAUAGUGCAGAUGCGACCGUAUCAUCUCACGUCCAUCAAAUGCCUCAAAUUUCACCCUAUCAUGGAUAUCAAGCUUCCGUAGCCUUCCUUCACCAAUACCAGAGAGGCCAGCUGCUGCCACGGGCGGCCGCAGGAUUUUUCCAAGGGGGAUGCAAGAAAGCAAGACAAGACCUGACAUACGAGUUUAUUCAAAACAGAUGCAGUGGUUCAUUAUCCAAGAUGGUGGACAAGACUAUCCUGAUGAUUAUAGUGUGGAGGAGAACUAUCUGGGGCUGGAUAUUGGACAAGACUGCAUGUCAGGAAUUUUGGAAUGAUGGUUUACGCUUAUACAGUAUAAAUUAUUAGUGAAAGAACUGCAAACCCUGUGGUAAUAUGUGAAGUAGACAAACGAGGCCCUACUCCACCACAGUUAAUAAAUUCUUAAAAAAUUCACCACUGCUACUAUAUCAAAACUCUGAAAAUUACUUAUGCUUGCAAUCUGAUAAUUAUAAGGGAGUUGUCUAUGUGCUGAUUCAAUGGCAUACCCUGGUAUAAGCAAAUAACUUUGGUAUUAUAACAGAUUUAAACCGUGUUACUAACUGUUACUGGACAACCGAUGGUGUUGAAUACCACCGUAGUAAUAUACUGUGUUAUAUCUCGAAGAUUCUUUUAUACUGUACCACCAUAAAAUGUGAUGGCCAAAAAUGUAUCCCAACUAAAUUGUGCAGUACCUAUAUAUAAGCUCUUUUGACAAUAUUCAGUCAGGUGUAGGAAGUCUAAAAUCCUACUCGGAAAAUAUAACAAAAUACUGUAUUUAUGACCUUGGCUUCUGACGCACGAACAUUCUGGGCAGGGUUUGAUAAGGUCAUCAUAACUUCUGAUUUCAUGAUUGGUGCUCAUUCUUCUAAUGUCUUUAAAUGUACAAAAGAUAUAAACUUAUGUAGAUGCAAUAUUGUUUGAUAGAUGGUACAGUACUUGAAUAUCAUGUCAUGGUCACAAUGACUGCUGGUCUGUUUGAAACCUGAUGAUUCAUAUUAUGCUCCACUCCUGCAAAACAUGUGGAUAACUGGCAAGUUAUCCCUAGGAAGAAACGAGUUUUCCCUGGCUUAAGGUGCCGUCCAUUUUCUCAGACUUCCUGAAUCCAACCUCCCUAUAAAGUAAAUUUGAAUGUGAGAGCAAGCCCCUUUGUGUUGAGUCAACUUAGAUAUGUUUGAUUACAGUUAAAGCAUUCAAGAUCCUU